UAGCGAACGUUAUUUGCGAUGUUCACCACAUGCGAUCACCAAAAUAUUGGAACUCCCUCCGAGGCCAUACCCAACGUUGUCGUUUCACAAAUAUUAGUCACAAAACAAAACUACUAGUAGGAUAGAGUGAAAUUACAUCAACUCUCUAUAUCCGAACAUGACAAAUCCUACGACGAUGAAUAGAGGCUGGCCGCGUCGAGAUCCGGUCGACGCCGAGUCAGAAUGGGAGGCUUUUCUCAGCAGCAAGAAGCAAGCGAUGAACAGAAUGAAAGCUGGAAGACAAGAUGCUCUAAGACGCUUGGGAUCUGAUAAAUCAGGCGGACGAAGCAUUGUAAGUGAAGUAUCCGACGAGCGUGAAGCUCCUGGAUCAUAUCACAAGGAAAACUAUAGUUUUUCAGGAAGAAAAGAUCUCAGAGAUGCCCCCGAAGGAAAUCGUGCCAACCCGGCAACGGAUUCAAAUUCGCGACCAGAGUUGGACAUGCGCAAGUUGAUUGAAAUUUUCACCGUGAUCAAGAAGCGAAGGUGGAAUGAUCUUUUGGAUCUCCUUGAAAUCUAUCCCCGAUCUGCUUCAAUUCCUUGUCCUAAGAACAUUCAGUCAACCGCCAAAGGAAACUUGAUGUUGCAUGAGGUAUGCAGAAACAAUCCUCCCCUUCGAGUGAUCAGUGCAUUGAUUUAUGAAUACGCUGAUGCAGUAAAGGCUAAGGGUGGGAAAGGGUACUUACCUGUGCACUAUGCCUGUGCGACAAAUUCAUCACCAGAUGUUGUCCGAAAACUUCUUGAUACCUUCCCAGCUUCGAUUAGAAUGCGCGACACCAACGACCUCAUGAUCCCUCUGCACUUUGCCUGCAAAUGGGGAGCUUCAUCGAAAGUCAUCGAAAUUCUUACCGGAGCAUACCCUGAAGGCAGACAAGUUAGAGACAUCUAUGCAAAGACUCCUGUGGACUAUGCAAAUGAAUUGAGUGGAGAAGACAGAGGUACAGUGCUAAGAACCCUCGAAAAAUCUUAUCAUUCCCGCUCUCAUCGCUCUUUGGCGCGGUCAGUUGCCGGUAGCGAAGCAUCGAUUGGCGAUGCCAUCUCUGAGGCAAGCGAGCACAUGCAACGGGAGUUGCAGACCACCAAGGCAAAGCUUGAUAAAGUAACGUCCGAGCUUGACCAGAGGGAACGGAAGUUUUCUCUUCAAUACGGUGCCGAGCAGACAAAGGCUUCCGAAUUACAACAGCAGAAAGACCUUCUUGAACAAGAAUGCCUUAAUGCGAGAAUGCUCCAAGAUGAGCAAAAGGAUAAAAUCAAUCUUCUUCAGGAAGAAGUAAGAACUCUCAAGGCGCUUCAAAAAACUCACAAUGACAAGAAAAACAUGCUUCUCGAGAAAAUAGAGGCUCUCGAACAGGACAAAGUGAACGCAAGGAAAGCCAUUAGCGAGCUCGACCAAGAAUCUAGUGCGAAGCUUAAGAAGGAGCUAACAGCUGCAUUGGUCGAACAAGAGAUCAAAUUCAAGGCCAUGCUCCAGGCGGAACAAAGGAAGAUUGACAACCUCGAGAAGCAGUCGAGAGAAGCAGAAUUAACUCACAGGCAUUACACUAUGGCUCUUCUUCAAGAACACGAAAGUGAGGUUUCGAAAUUCGAAGAACUAACUUCCCGAUUCAAAAUUCUCGAGGGUCAACUUCGUCGCGAAAUUGAAAAUGAACGCACGAAGCGCAUUGAAGCUCAAACUGAAUCUCAAGGAGCCGAGUACAGAAAAGCGGUCGAAGACGAGAAGGAGAAAGUAGCCUUCCUUGAAUCUCACAUAACAAAGGUUAAUGAUCUUCUCGAGGCUGAACAAAAACGAUUCAUCGAACUCGAAGCAAUCUUGAAAGAAACGCUGGCCAUCGAAAAUGAGCAACGAGAAGAAAUUGAGGCCGAGUUCAGAGAGAAGGAAUCUCAAUACCAGAGUCGUAUCGAAAUCGAAAGUCAGAAGAGAGAGCAGCUCGAGAACGCCUACAGUGAUAUUGCAGAUAAGUUAAAGGCUGAGAUUGAAAAAACAGCUGGCCUUCAAGCAUAUGAAAUUGAACUUAAAAAAGAGCUCCAAAUGGAUCAGGAAAAGAUCGAGGAGCUCCAAAAGUUACAAGACCAAAGCUUGAAAGCGUUGGAAAGGGAGAGAGCACGAGUCGAACAAAUGGCUGAGACCGAACAAAACAGUCGCCUUUUGUUGAAAACUGAAGAACUGAAGGUAAAAGAACUCGAAGAGAAAGUUUCCGAGAUGCAAAAGCUUCUCGACAACGAGCGAAAGAGCGUGAAAGAUCUCAAGGACAAACUGGAAUCGCUGCAAGCUCUUUAUGAGAAGGAACUUUCAAAGAUUGCUGAAGUCGAAGAGGCUGAACGAACUGCGCGCACUCGAGUCCAAUCUCUGAACGAGAAGGUUACCAAAUUGGAGGAAGAGGAGUUGGCCGUCAGAUCGAAGAAGGAAAAAGAAGGAUCAAACCUUCAAGCCACCGAAAACGAAUUUAACGAUUUGAAAACAAUGCUUGAGACAGAGAAGAAACAAGUGGAAAGAUUGACUAAAGCUCAGGAAGAGUUACGUGACAUUCUCAAUGAGGAGAAGGAUAAAGUCAAGACUCUCGAAGAACCUCACGACGAGUCUGAAAUGGAUGAGAUGGAUAGCCAAGCUGAUUCUCAAGCCAGCAGUAUCGAAGAACGUCUCAUGGAACAGCAGGCAACUCUAGACCAUCACAAGUACCGUGUUACUGAACUCGAAGGGAAGCACGCCGGUUUGUCGAAGGAGUUGGAAGCUGGAAAGGAAUCAAGCAAUAGGCUCGAAUGCACCGUCAAUGAAAAGACAGCAGUACUUGAAGAAGAAAGAACAAAUUUCGAGGUUCUCCUAAAGGAACACGGGGAGAUCCAACUUGCUUUGAGCACAGAGCGCAGUAAGGUCUUGGAAGCUGAAGAGAAAGCMGCUGCAUUUGGAGAACAACUCUACUUCGAGAAAGAAACCAUCACUGAAAUGCAAUACAUGGUUGACCAGGCAAAGAUUGAUUUCCAAUCGAAGCUAGAGGAAGUGGCAUCUCUUGAGGAAGAGGAGAGAGUAGGUCGAACAGCUUUGGAUGCGUCACUAAAGGAACUCACCGUAACCAACGACGAAGUUGCCGAGUUGACAGGAGCUCUCGAAGUAGAGAAAGAGAAGGUAACAGAGAUGGCUGCUGCCUUGAGAGAGGUCCAAGAUCUUGUCCAGGACGAGAAAGAUAGAGUGGCCGAAUACAAGCGUCUUCUAGAAGCUCAGAAACAUUUGGCAAUUGCAGAUCAAGCAAAAAUCAGACAGCUCGAACACAAGAUUGAAGAACAAUUGGAUGCCCUMGGAGUUGGAAAGGCAGAAAAUAUCAAGCUCGAGAGAGAUCUAACKGCAACAAAAUGUCUCCUUGACGAGGAGUCCAAGAAGGUUUCCGAACUUCUCAGUGCCGGCCACAACUUCGAGGAUGACCGUGCAAGUGCUCUUCUUGAGACCGAGCAAAACAAGGUCAAGGCACUCGAGCACUCUUGCGAACAACUCAUGUCUUUGUUGGACUGGGAAAAGAAACAUGUUAUCAGCCUCGAGGAGAAACAAGAUGAGCUCCAGGAACAAGCUGACGCGAGCUCCGAAGAGCUUAUCGCAACCAAGACGGCACUAGAUCGAAGCCAGAGAAAGCUAGCACAACUCUCUCACGAACUCGAGAACAUCGAGAGUAUGAAGAAGGAAAUCAUCCGCCUUACUAUGGUUGCCCGACAACGCGAUGUAAUGAUGGCUGCAAUGUUGUAUGCUAUCGGUGACGCCAGGGCAAUCCGAGGAAAGCCAUCUAUCCAAAAUGCUCAGAUGCACGUCGACGGAAUCGAAAGCCGUGUGAUUGGUCUUGAGUUAGCUGGUUUGGACGAGGAUGUUUUCCAAGACCGAGAAGCAAGACAGCUAGUGGCUUACAACGCCGCAGCUCGUUCGAAGACUAUUCGAAAGAUCAUUCUUCCACUGGUAGUUGCUGGUGGCCUCGUUGAAUACCACCACAACGACCCCACCGUUCUUCGAGAACUUGUUUCCAGCGUUGGACAAAUGUCUGGUGAAUUCCGACAGUCUUUUAGCGCCAACCUUGGCGAAAUCUCGCACACUCUUGGGGAUCUCUCAAGCAGCGUCGGUGCAAACCUAUCCGCUAACAUGGGGCUCCUUGCCGCAUCACUUAAGGACUCAACAAUAUUAAAAGAAUCUGUGGCUCAAGUGAGCGGUAUGGCUACAAGACGAAUGAACAUCCGACAAGUUUAAUUGGGAAGAUCUCAUUUUCCACAAAUCCCACAAGCCGACUUUGCGCAGAUCGUGAUGCGAAUCGUUGCACAUUACCGGGCUCGGUCUUAUUGCGAAACUGGAUUUCGAAGAUCGGUUAAAGAUUAAACGCCCCCGUAAGCUAUCUCGAGGAGCGAAAUCAGAAAACAACUCUUGUGUAUAAUUUUCAUGUCAAAUUAAUAUCGAUAAUAAAGAUUCAAAACUAAA